UUCGCUCGAGAAGUCCGCGGUCAGGGAACGAGGCAAAUGAUGAAGCCUCGGGUUCGGACUCCGAUGGAGGUAAAACCCUUCCUACUUCGCGAAUGUGGUCUCCCACUUUAUUAAAACACAGGCCCAAUAGACUAGUCUCGUGCCCACAGGAUAGAUAUCACUUCUAUAUAUGGAGUUGGGUAGAUGACUGUGUCCAUAGGUUUGAUAGUGGGCUCGGGAAAUAUGACACUAUGUAUACCACAGACGAGAUGUGGAAUGGGAUAGCUGUGCAGUAUGGGACCAAUGACUAUAGGGACCUUUCGAGGUUAUCACCAACUUAUAGGGAAGGCCCUCCCCCCGCCUCUUCUGAAGACGGGGGAAUUUCAUGGUCCCCAAGCUCGAUCUCGGGGGAAAGUUCCAGCAACAUGGACUCCGACCUCGACGCCCUCAUCGACAAUGCGGGUGCCAAGAGGAGCAAGCGCCCCAGGGCAAGGGGACUGACAACCAGUCAGCCUGGGAAAAGCUCCAAGAGAUCCAGGAAAACGCCUCCUCCUCCCCCGCCGGCUUCGAGCUCUGCUGCUGCGUCGACUGGCCAAACUAACGUCCCCAUGACGAUACCACCCUCGCAGGCCGUCGUCCCUGUGGUGGCGCCGGCCUCGCAGACUGAUAUCGCUGCCGUGGUUGAAUCCCAACCUCCUGUGGCGGGUCAAAUGCCUUCUACCCAGCUCGUCAAAAGACCUUCUGCUUCCCGAGCCCAGAAGCUAACUAUUUCCACCCAUAUGGAUUCGUAUGUGGUGGAUAAUGCUGCCGGUCCUCACGGGUCUACGCUGAUCUCGGAUGUAAUGUCCCGGAUUGGCCAGAGCUACGGCAAUUUUGAGGCUCCUCAGUGGCAGUGUCUAACUGGCACUCGGGACCGCACUGUCCUGUACGAGAAGAGUAUCGAGCACACUGCCGCGGCUCUUGCUUUCACUGCCCAGCUUAAUUACGAGCUGAACAACGAGGUCCAUACGAGCAGGACCCUUGCCCAAGGGGAGAGGGACCUCCACCUUAAAGCGAAUGACGACCUGAAGGCAGUGAAUACUAAGCUCGAGGCAGUGGGAGCUGGAGUUCCUACGAACAAUAACCAGCUACCAGUAGUACAAGCUCCCCCUCCUGUGGAUUUGGUUCAGAAUAGAAUCAACCAACUCAAGGAAGCAUUCAGGCUUCUUCAAGAAAGAAAGACUAAAGAAAAGGCUUACGAUUCUGAUGAGGAGCUUGAGCCUUUUGCCCCUCAUAUCUUGAAUACACCAUUUCCCAAUGGUUUCAAGAUACCCCGUGUGGCGCCCUAUGAUGUGACUACCGACCCAGGCAGCCACCUAAGUACGUUAAAUAUUGUGAUGCGAACCAGCAACAUUGGAUAUGAGUUCAGAUGUAUGCUCUUCCCCACCACACUCACCCGACCAACAAAGAACUGGUUUGACAAGUUUCGAAGACACUCGAUAUCGUCUUGGGAUCAGUUGUCUAAGGAAUUAAAAAAGCAAUUCCAAGCUUUAAAGAGUAUCAAACCUGAGGCUUUCGCCUUAACAAAUGAUAGACAACAACUAGGAGAAUCACUGAAGAGAUACCUGGCGAGGGUCAAUAUAGAGGCGGCUUGA